UCUGCUUGGUAUUUUGCAUUUUCCAUCAACGUUGAACGAAUGGUGGAAUUGUUUGAUUCGCGGACUUUGGUUGAUUUUGGUUGCGUUUAUAACAUAAGUUGUUUGUACGGGUGGAAGUGAACCGAAUUGGUUUAAAUCGAAUUAUUUUUAUGAUAAUUAAAGAGUAACGACAUUUAUUGAAAUAGUCGGAACAACAUUCAUUCAUUUUGAAAAUAAUACUACGGUUUUACGAGAGGUACUAAUUAAGAAAAAUUAAUAGUUCAUUGUGCGAAGUAAAAUCGAUAAAUUAUUAAAUUGACUAUAUUGAAAAACAGAAAAAAUAAAAACAAAACUUAGUGCCUCGUAAGCAGAAGUACAUACAUAUAUAUUUUUUUGCAAUGACGCAAACCACACCAGCUGGCUCCGGUGGGCCCAAUGUUAGCAAUUUAAUGACAAGUAGUACACCGAUACGCAUAGGUAGCGGCGCGAGUAGUAAUCAUGGUAACAGUUCAGCUUCUGUUGCUACUCAGCAUGCAAUGACCGGAAAUGAUUCAUCAUCACCGGGUGGUGGAGGCAGUGCUGGCGCCGGGAGUUCAGCUGCGCCUCAAUCGAGCAGUGUACCGUCUGGUGCAGCUGAUACACUACGUCAACAGCUGCAAAGCCAAAUCUCAUUGUCGAUGGGGUCUUCCAAUCAAUCUCUGGGAGUUAGUGCGGGUGCUGCGGGAGGUACCAGUAUAACGCCGCCCAAUAGUGCAGGAUUGCGACAAACUGGAGCUUUUGAUUUCAAGUUUAUGCGGCGUACAUCUUCAAAAGUUCUAUUGCCAAAACUUCCGUCCACAGAUAGCUUGAGCAACAGCCCGGGUCCAUCAUCGCCAGGACUUGCCAACUGGGCAACAGAUAGCCGUGACAAAUACGAUGGCAAUCAAACAGAAAAGAGUACGGGUGAUCCUUCAAAACUCAAUCGCAAGGAGUCCUACAAAGCGCAACGUAAAAAUUAUCGACGCGAAAAGAAACGUGUUGCUUCAGAAUUGUUGAAUUCGCUGCAGGAUCCCACAGUAGUGGUGUUGGCAGAUUGGCUCAAGGUACGCGGCACGCUGAAGUCAUGGACAAAGCUAUGGUGUGUACUAAAGCCAGGUAUGAUGUUGCUCUACAAAAGUCCCAAGCUGAAGAGCAGUCAUUGGGUCGGUACAAUUGUGCUGACAUCAUGCCAAGUCAUCGAGCGGCCGAGUAAGAAGGACGGAUUCUGCUUUAAGCUUUUCCAUCCAUUGGAUCAAUCGAUAUGGGCACCACGCGGACCGGACAAGGAGACAAUAGGCGCAGUCGUUCAACCCUUACCAACCGCUUACCUGAUAUUUCGCGCACCCAGUCAGGCGGCUGGUAAAUGUUGGAUGGAUGCACUGGAGCUCUCCUUGCGCUGUUCAGCUUUGUUGUUGCGUUCAAAUAGCAGCAUGGGCGCUGUGCAGGGCACCAGUGCCAACGACAGCGCGCAAAUAUCACACGAAACGCAGUGGUCGGAGGCCGAUUAUGAGAAGCAUUUCAACGAACAUGAUCUUGAUGGCGACAGUCAAAAUGAAGGUGGCCCAGCUGCUAUGUCUGGUGUGGAUACUGAGUCGGAAUCAGAUGGGGAAGCUGUGGUCGAAGAAGAGCCUGAAACACCAUAUGUGCCACUCACUGAAGAAGAAUUCGGCUCUGUCGGUGAGCAGGUCGAAGAACUUGCAGAGGAGAAUAAAAGUUUAAUUUGGAUUCUAGUGAAACAAGUUCGUCCAGGCAUGGAUUUAAGUAAGGUGGUUUUGCCAACAUUCAUACUCGAGCCACGUUCAUUUCUAGAUAAACUAGCGGAUUCUUAUUAUCAUGCAGACAUCUUGUCUAGAGCCGUUAUCGAAGAUGAUCCAUUUACGCGCAUGAAAACCGUUGUUCAAUGGUACCUAUCUGGUUUCUACAAAAAACCCAAAGGUCUAAAGAAGCCAUACAAUCCCAUACUGGGUGAAACGUUCCGUUGCUAUUGGGAGCAUCCGAAUGGUAGUCGUACAUUUUAUAUUGCCGAACAAGUAUCGCAUCAUCCGCCAGUUUCGACAUUCUAUGUGACAAAUCGUCAGGAUGGUUUCUGCAUCAGUUGCUCCAUCUUGGCCAAAUCGAAGUUCUAUGGCAACAGCACAUCCGCUGUACUAGAGGGCGUUGCCACACUCACAUUAUUACCUCGUGGUGAAACGUACACAUUGAAUACACCAUAUGCUCAUUGUAAGGGUAUACUUGUGGGCACUCUGUCCAUGGAGUUGGGCGGCAAAAUUAGCAUUGAGUGCGAGAACACCGGUUACAAGACGGAACUGGAAUUUAAGCUGAAACCAUUCCUGGGCGGUUCGGAUUAUACCAAUUUAAUAUCGGGCAAAAUUAAGUUGGGUAAGGAGACAAUGGCCACCAUCAGUGGUCAUUGGGAUACAGAGAUGACAAUCAAAGAAGCGAAAACUGGUGAAGAGAGUUUGCUAUUUAAAGCUGAUUCAGAAACGAAACAUAAACGUCUGGUGCGCUAUGUUGUGCCACUAGAAGCUCAGUUACCUAACGAGUCGGAACGAUUGUGGGAAAAAGUUUCUUUAGCAAUACGUAAUGAUGAUCAAGUUGGUGCAACAGAACAGAAAACCGUGUUGGAAGAAGCCCAACGCAGUUCAGCAAAGGAACGAAAAGUUAUGCUAACUGAUUGGCAACCAUUACAUUUUCAUUAUGAUCCGCUAACUACGCAGUGGGUUUACAAGUACGCCGAUUUGCGUCCAUGGGACCAACGCAACGACUUGAGGCAAUACGAAGCUAAUUACAAAGUACUCACGAAGACACGCCAUCGGGCGCCAAUGGUGCGUAACCCGAGCAUCGUCACUGCUGAUCCGUUGCAGUUAAUUAAAUCAUCUUCUUUAUUGAAGGUUAAACACCGAAGUCGCUCGAUUUUGGCGCUCGGCCCCGAUGAUGACAAAACCGAUUCCAGUUUAUCGAAUCCAGAUUUGAGCAAAGUGCCAAACGAAAAAUCUAGCAAAUCAUUAAAAAAAUUGGCAUUAGCAAUCGAAAAGAUGAAUCACACUCUAGAGGAGCACACACAACACUUGCGUGCAAUUCAAUCAACUUUGCAAAGAAUGCAAUACAAUCCCAGACAAGUGGGUCGGACAUCUUGUGGAGGUUUCGCUGAUAUUGUGCCGCGCACUGUUCCCCAAACGGUGGUAAUAAAGUCAAUGGUUUACGCGUUCGUUGGCUUAGCUGUGUGCUUUCUUAUGAAAUGGAUGUUUAAGUAAAUCGUUAACGGUACAAGGUUGGAUUAAUUAGGUACUUCGCUUGCAGACAAUUUUUAUUUUGAAGUCGGUGGAUGGGUGGAGGGUCAAAGACUUGUGUAAGCUGGCACGCUUUGCCAUCUAGAUACCUAACCGUAAAUAUUGCUUAAAAUUACGGUUUCAUAGCACCCUUUUUCGCUAACUUUAAAACCAGUUUUAAGGUAGUAUUUUACUAUGUGGUAUUACCAUUACCUCAACUUGAACUAUGAUAAGCUUUUUUAAAAUGUUUUCCUUUGUAUUUAUGUUUUAAGGUUGUAAACUAUUCAAGAAAUUUAUCACAGCCUACAUAUUAUUUUUACAAUUAAUUGUAUCAAUAAUCAAAGUGUAAAAAUAUAUGUUGAGCUAUUAAGAUGUCUUAAAAUUAAGUCGAAAAGAUUUUUAUUUGAACAUUAUAAUGACAAAAGCGCUUCAGCGCCCAUCAAAUUAACCCUUUAGGCGUUUAUGUCGAGUAUACUCGUCAUGAAAUGAUGACAUUUUUUUGUUAAAUGUCGAGUAUACGCGUCAUUAAGAGAAAGAAAUCCGCUUUGUUAUUUUUUUGUUAUAUUUUAGUAAAAAAACUAUAAAAAUAUUUAUAAUUUUAACACAUUUUAGAAUUACAUUACAGAAUACAUUACAUGCGUAAUCAAAUAAACUUAAAUAAAUCAAUCAAUUAAAUUCCUUUUAACACUUUAAAGACGUUUUCGUCAUCAUCUAAAAAUAAUUUUCAAAAUAAAACAAGACGCUUAAAGGGUUAAGAAUAUCACAGCAGAACCCCCUUACUGGGGCACGAAUAAUAUUUACACACUUUAAAAUUCUGAAAAUAUGUAGAAAAAAAACAGUUACUUCAAAAAGAUAAGAUCCCAAAUUGCUUGCCAAAAACAGGCAGCUUUAUUUCUAUCAUUUAUGAGGGAUAUUUUAUACCUACUUUUACAACAUACAAACAACAACAACAACGGCUUUGUAUUUGGCCAAGAAAUAUCAUUUCUGUGGCAUUCUUAAAAAUUUGUUGGCGAUAUUUUAAGCUGUCUUAGCAAUAACAACAAUUUAAAUAACGGGUCAUUCAAAGAGCGCACCUAGAUUUUUUUAAAAAUAAAGCAUGUAAAAAUUUGGGUUCUUUCAGGUCUCACUAUUUUUAUUCAAAAUAUGACUCUUCUUCUUCUUCUUGGCAUCACAGUCCUUAGUGAACCAUUGCUUCAUUCCCAGCCUUGCGCCAUCGGUCUCUAUCUAGGGCUACCUCCUUCCACCGUCACACGUUCAACUUUGCCAGGCCAUCUUCAACGACUUCGAGCCAUCUCUUUCUGGGACGCCUCCGCGCCUUCGGCCUCCAACAGGGCGCAUUCAACUGCCUUUCGAGUGGUUCGCUCCUUCGGCAUUCUAAACCCGUGUCCGAGCCAUCUUGUCUUCAGAGAUUUUAUAAAUCUUAUCACAGUUUGGUUUUUUGCUAAUAGUUUCACCUCAUGAUUAUUUCUAAUUCGAUAGGUACCGUCUUGCAGUCUUAACAAUUAAAUGUGAAAAAUGACAUCAUUUAACCCUUGAUCAUUAAACAUUCGUACUAUACUAGACGUAGACUACGCACGCCUGCAGUUUUGCAAAUUCGACAUAUUUUCGUCGCACCACCUCACUAACAGAGCACUCAGAAAUAGUUAAAUAGAAAUAAUAUAAUAUUUCGCUUAAUUUACACUCGUUUGUUUGAAAUAAAAAUAAGGAAAUAUAAAACUAUACUCGCUUUUAAUUUGCAGUCUGUGAGACGAUCGAUUAGUGACAGAGUAACACUGAUUUAAGUUUAGUGAUCUAGAGCUAUCAAUAUGUCCGUCAUGAGCACCUCAACAGGCUGUUAUACGAGAAUUGAAUUUUUCAAGGACUCGCUCACGCAUGUUGUGUUUCAGCUCUGGAAUCGUUCCUAACUUAUUCACAGAGACUUUACUUUUCAAAAAAUUGCCCUAGUGGAGUUUGAUCACAUGAUCUAGGUGUCCAUGAUCGCAAUGAUCUCGAUCGAGAGACUUAGAUCGCAAUAAUGCAAUGUUUUCUCGUGUUCUAUGACUUGUAGCUCACACCUUUUGAAAAUAAAGAUAGUCUAUGUCUAUUCCUUUAAACUUAGGCGUCAAAAAAUGUUUAAACUGUUGUCUGCAGCGAUUUCCAGCUCUUCCAUUUACAUCUUCGAAGAAAAACUGGCCAAUUAUUCCACCACACAAUAGGGAUUUUUCGACCAGUUACAGGCUCCAAUUUUCAACCGAUUUAAAUAGUUUUUUUUAGUGCUCGUAAAUGAUUUUGUAAGAGAUUGACUAGGUUCGAAUUUCAAUUUUUUUUAAUAAAUCAAAACACAUCUUUGAAUAGACGCAUUUUUAAGAAAAUUUCAGAAAAGUUUUAAAAACAAAAAAAAAAAAAAAAAUAUAUUUAUGGAUUCAGAUUCGGUUUGGAAUUUUUUUAUUGCAGUUUAUAUCAACGGUAAUGCAUCGGAAGAAGUUUCCAACGCCUCUUAAAUGGUGAAAUUAUACCAUAACUACCUAAAAACUUAAAAGCUAAUUUCAAAUUAAAAAAAAAUUGAUAUAUACGUUUUUGGGGUUGCUGAACCAGCCCAAAAGCCACACCAAACAGUACAUUUUAGUGGAUGUAUUGAUUUUUCUGAAAUUUCAAUCAGUUGUCUAAUGCGAUAUCCCUUGAAAGAAACAGCGCUUUCACUUUUCAAAGCUCGCCGAUUAUUCGAACAUCCCAAAAACCACACCAAACAGUGCAUUUUAGUGGAUGUUAUGAUUUUUCUGAAAUUACUCGAGGGUUUUCUUCUUCCCAGAUGCAGCAUUUUUGUUUGUUGGCAAAUCCAUCCAGUGUGAAAUGAACUUCAGCACUAAAGAUGAUUUUGCGAUAUUUUGCUCUUAAAGUGCGUCCAUUUUCAUACUAAGUUUCAAUAAUUUUAACGCGCCGUAUAAAAUUGUGCAUUUGGCUACUUGACAGAUGUCAAAGAUGACAUAAAAAAGCCACCGUCUAGGAAUUUUUCACUACUGACACGUACGCAUCACUUUUGAAAGACCCUGUAUUAGUUUUUACAGCCUGUUAUUAAUGUCAGCAGUUGCGUGCUCCUUAAUGCUUCUGCUGCUUUCGCUCGAAGUUCUUUUAAAGCGCCAUUGAAGCUUUGUUUAAAGAUAUAAUUCGCUAUUCCUAGUAGAUCCCUGAAGCUAUUUUUUGCGAAAGUUUUCGACUGCAUAAAAAAAGGAAUUAAUAUUUUUUGAUCGUAAUAUAACGGUAUAAAUGUUUACCUAAGACGCUGCAUUAAUGGACUUGUUGUUUUUGUAACAGUAUAAAAGAUUCCCCGAUGGCCGUGGCUGAAUGGGUUGAUGGGUGAUUACCAUCCGGGAGCUCAAAUCUCCGUGCAAGAACAUCAAAUAAUAGAAAAAGUUUUUGCUAACAGCGGUCGCCCCACGGCAGGCAAUAGUAAAUCUCCGAGCGUAUUUCUACCAUGAAAAAAGCUGCUUGUAAAAACUAUUUGCCGUUCGGGGUCGGCUUCAAACUGUAGGUCCCUCCAUUUGUGGAACAACAUCAAGACAGACACCACAAAUAGCAGGAGGAGCUCGGCCAAACACUCAAAAAGGGUGUACGCUCCAAUUAUUUAUUUAUUUAUUUAUUUAUAAAAGAUUCCCUAUAAUUUUUGUUGAGUUCUACUGAAUGGGCAGUCGGAGUAGUUCUGGUAAGGUAGGUUAGAAAAAGCUCGUUUGUUUUAGUUUUACACGUACUGUGGCUGGCAUAUUUAACUCUUAUAGCGUUUUCUUUUCCUGAAAUAAUAAAAGUGACUUUAUUACCUGAUAACUUUACGAAAAUGUUGCAUAUUUCAUCAGAAAAACUUGUAUUGAAUAUAAUACAAUUUAACGAUAUACUUCCAUUUUUUGUAACAGUUAAAAUUUUCGAGUUUGUGUACACAGAUAAAUAAAAAUUUAUUAUUAUUAUUAUUGACAUGUUCAGGUGAUACAAUACAUAUAGGUAUAUGUACUAAGAACUUAGUCUAUCUACAAAAGAUUUCCACAUAUUCCGAUUGCUGGCUAGGAAUUUUAAUUCAUUGAAUGGCUUUUUGGAUUCCUGGUUAACGCAUCUACGCCAAGUCAUUUUGGGACGCCCUCUGUUUCUAGUGCCUUGCGGGUUCCAUUGUAAGGCUGAGUAGACUAUUUCGUCGGGUUGUUUUCGGAGGGUGUGCCCGAUCCAUUUGUACUUUCUGUGCAUUAUUUCCUUUUCAAUAGGCUUUUGGUUCGUCAGUUGCCACAGGCGAGGGUUAGAUAUAGUACGUGGCCACCAGAUUCAAGGUCCAUGAAGCGUCUCAAAUAGCCUCUCUGGAUUAAUGCCAACCUCCGCCUUCACGCGGUGUUUCCUGUUAUCACAGAGUUGAGGCCCUGGCGACCGAGCGUAUGGCGGUAUAACCAUACCCAACACCUACUGUUGGAGGAAAUACCAUCAGCUUCGUCAUAGACCUGGCGAGUUCGGAAGCCACGUGUCUAAUCAACGAAAAGCGAAGGUAGCAGCCCUACCACCGAACUAAGCGGGCAUAUGCUAAUAACUUAUGUUCCGUCGAAAACUCAACUAUUCGUGUAUCUACAAGAAAUGAAAUGAAAAUAAAAAUCAGCUGCACAAUAUUCCCCGUCGCUCUUUUGUAGAGGAUAAAAAUUGUUGUCUGAUCAUAGUGCUAUAAUUCGAGAAAAAUCACGGGCAGAAUAAAUACAACUGAAGAACAACCGAACAUCGAUUUUUGAGACCGAACCCAACAUCAACCAAUUUCAGCUCUAGUGGAACAAAACAAACGUUUUAGAAAUCCAAUAUUUGCAAUAAAAUUAAACCAAAGAAAGGUAAAACAGUUCAAUCACAUAACAUAUUCUUACUAGGUUGUUCAAUAAGUUUAGCGGUUCGAUAAGAAAAACACUAUUGUAUGAUACUAUUUCUUUACUACUCAGUAUAGUCGCCCUGAACAUCACUGGUUCCAACGAGAUUCCAAUUUAUGACUUCCAUCCCUGAAGGGAGAAGCUGAAAGGGCUGCAAAAUACGCACCAUAGCUGUUAUGACCUCAUCAUUUGUUGAAAAAAGUUUUCCAUGCAUGCAUUUUUUUAGGUCUGGAAACAGAUGGAAGUCGCUAGGGGCCACAUCUGGGGAAUACGGUGGAUGCUCCAACAAUUCGAACUUUAAUUCAUGCAUUUUAGCCAUUGCCAAAAUGCUCUUGUGACACGGCGCAUUGUCCUGGUGGAAAAGGAUUUUUCUUCUUUGCAAACUGGGUCUUUUUUCACGAUUUUUUUCCUUCAGCUGGUGUAACGGUUACAAUAAUAUUCAGAAUUUAUUGUUUGACCAGUUUGCAAUAAGUCCUCAAACCAAAUUCCUUUCGCAUCCCAAACAGUAACUCGCUAACACCUUCUUGGCCUUCUCGAUUUUUGGACACGAACCGGAGAACCAGGUUCACACCACUCCUUAGCCUCUUAUUUUGAUUUAGGAUCUUGGGUACAUCACCAUGGCUCAUCCAUAGUGACGAAUAGAUGCACAAAAUUCACUCUAUCCUUUCGAAAAUGCUUUAAAUGUUGCUGAGAACGUCGCAUUCGAAUGUGUUUUUGUUACAUUGUUAGCGAAUGUGGCACCCAUUGUGGGCACAACUUUCUGAAAUCCAAUACUUCUGUCAAAAAAUUACCUUCACCGCCCAAUGAGAUGUCUAGGGUUUCUACUAAAUCUCUUUCAGUCACUGGACGACAUUCCAAUAAGAUAUCCCCUGUAUUUUUUCUACGAUUUCUGGUGUAGUUGUUUUCGGACGUCCUUGACGUGGAUCUUGUUGUUGUUGUAGCAGCAUAAACAUUCCCCAUACUUACAUACGGGGAAUGCUGUUGGAGUGACAGUCCUUGGCCGGAUAACGGGUCGUUUCGGUAACGUAGAACUGAUUGUCGUGGAAACGUGGAUCGUCUUCAAUGCUUGUACGACCACGUUUAAAUUCAUCAACCCAUCUUUCUACUGCACUAACUAACGGCGAAUAGUCCUUAUACACUUUCAACAUUCGUAAGUUUCCUUUGCUUUUAAACCUUCCAAAAAUAAAAAUUCAAUCACUGCUCGAUACUUGAUUUUUUCCAUUGUAGAAAAUACUGUGACACGUCGAUACAAAAUGGCUUGUAUAUGAAAUUAACACGUUGGCUGCCAAUGUAUCACCGGUGAUCAUUUCAAAAAACUACCCCCAGGUGCCAAUGUAUCACCAGUGAUACACGCUUAGGCCCCUAGAUUUUAGGGGCUGGGACCCUAACGGAAGGAGUUUUUGGGAAAAUUUAAAGUUUAUUUUAAAAGAAAAAAUAUUUUAUUUCAUAGUCAAAUACAAAGUUUUGAAAUAAUACGAAAUUAGAAAUGAGAAAAUUCAAUUCAAUUCUGGAAACAGAAAAAACCAUAUUUUUUGUUUUUAAUUUUAAUGUAGUUGUUGAAAAUGUUUAAGACAUAGGUAAGGUGACCUCCGACAUUGGGCGCAGUAUGUUGCCACCAGUUUGGCCUUCUUCCUGGCGACUGACGACGAGUUUGUCGUCUUUAAUUCUGAAUAACACAUGCCGCAACGAUGUCUCUUGCGCCUACCAUCCUUUGUUGCUUCUGUCGACGUUAUUAAAAAGUGUUUUCCCUGCGGAGGUGAGCGCGCUAUUGAAGCGCUAUCUUUUCCACUCAUGAAAAGGAUAAUCCUUUGACGAAAAUCAGGAUAUUUUCAUUUUAUAAGUUUUUGGCACUGUUUCAGAGGACUGGGCAUUAUCUGCAAAGUGAAUGAAUUUGAGCAAGAUCUGGAACCGGUUACGAGCCAUAACUUGUGGGACGAAUGCGUUUUUGAACAAUGUGCUUGGUUUCCAAUAGUCGGUUAUUGCAGGGUAUCUUUCCACAUAUUCAUCCUACUGCUGCUGCGAGUACCGAUGCCAGUUACUUGAGAGUUUGCAUUCCUAUUUGUCUCUUCAACAAUAAUAUCCAAUAUCUCAUCGGUUAAAAACUAUCUGAAAUAUUGAAAUGGCGUACCGGCAUCAUAUUGCAAAACCUGGGGUGGAUUGGUAAAUUCUUCUAAAUUCUUCAAAGUCUCUCCGGUAGCAGGCGAGGUCCAUGCUGUCGUAGUUUCCGUCUGUUCUUCAUCAGCAGUAUUAUUAACAUUUGUAGCACUAACAUCGAGGUCCUCAUCAAUACUGUCAUCACUCCUUGUAUCACUGCCUGAAUCUGGGAUGUACUCAUCUUCAUCUGGACUAAAAUUCCACCACUAACACUGGAAUUUUCCAUUGAAUUCAACGCGUCACGUAUUUCCUCGGAAUUCAUAACUUCACAACUUCACUUCACUAUAUUUCACUGUAAUUUGCAACCAACUGCUCGCUAUGAACUCAAGUUUGAUACUGAUUUAUUUUGAUUUACUUCUUCGAAAGGAGAUCACCGGUGAUCACAUUUCAAAAAAAAUAAGAAUAGUUUUAAAAAAACGGCAAGUGGUCACCGGUGAACACAGCACAAAAACGUGCUCAUACGCGUCAGGAGCGUGACUUUUAUUCCUGGUAAAAAUAUCUCGUUAAAAUUCAAACGGGUACAUGACUUUUUUUGCUUGGCACCUGGGGGUAGAUUUUUUUUGUGAUCACCGGUGAUCCGUGGCAGCCAACGUGUUAAACUUCACAUACGUCCAUACGAAAAGUGUACUAAAAUCACAAAAAAAUGUAGGCUAGUAUCAACAUCCUCCCUUAUCCAACUGCAUCGAACUUAUUGAACAGCCUAGUAUGUUUGUGAAAAUAACAAACAAACAAAAAAAAAACAGAUUACUUUUACAUGUGUGAAUUUAGUAAUUAAAAAUAAAUUACUAGUCACAUACAUUUUUUUAUUGUACGAGUAAUCAAAAUGAAAGGCAGAAGUUUACACUUUGAUCUAAAAAUCUUUUGUGCUCUCUACUCAUCACAGUACUUCACCCAAGCCCAGUCGCCUCAAUAAACCUUAAGCGGAGCUGGGUUGGGUUGAGUGUACAUUUAUGCCUUUCUUCUGGCUGUACGAGGCCGAAAUGUCUGCUCCUUCUUCUAAUGUAAUGUAAACAGCAAAGUUUAUUACCAUUUUCACCUUGCAAGUAGCGGCAUCAUCAUCAAUCAGUGUAGGAUCUGACCUGCAGUACUGAACACACGCAAUGGAGGAGAGCGGAGAGAUAUUUUAAAGCAAUUUUGCAAUUUUUUUAACAGGAAAUGCAGGCUUAUAUAUCAGUAUUGGCACUUCUUUGGCAGCAAAUAUCCAUCAAGAUAAAUACCCAAUGCGUUGAAAUUAAAUCGCUAUCGUGUAAAUCCCAAAGGCUGUUAUGCAUUUUUGCUGAAGGCAUACAAAUUAAGAAAAGUGCUCUUUUUUCUUGCCGGAGCCGAGCCGAGCCGAAACCGAACAGAAAUUUUGUGACCGCACAUUGGCAAAGCCGAAAUUCGGGCGUUCUCCGUUAUUCGUUUCUUUCUUAUUUUUCUUCUUUCUCUCUUUUAUUUAUUUUUAUUUUGAAUCAGUUGUUGUCUUCUAUCUGCUUUUCUACAGAAUUUGUACGUAAGAAAACAAAUUUUGCACUAUCCGAAUGGGCCUGGAGUCACUGUAAACGUUCCUAAGAAAUUUGAUAUCCUUAUAAAAUAGUUUCCUAUAAUAAAAGUUAUUUGAAAACAUAUAGAAAUAUAUGUUGGUAUGUAAAUUUAAUUCCUUGACAAAUACAAGUAUUUCUUAUUAAAAUUAUGAUAUAAAUAUUUUUUAUUUUAAAUGUUAAUAAUACAAAAAUUAUCAGCUGUAAUUGAAAUAAAGAAAUUAAUUAGUAGUUGAUAAUGAAAAUGGAAUUUGAAUUAACUAAUUUGUAUUUUUUCUAUUUAUCGUGUCGUGAUUUGUAUCAACGAAAUAAGACAUUUAAUUAUAAUCAACUUUGAAAUAUUUAUAGCAAAUAUUUUUCAAUUAUAGCACCCAUAAACUAUUGUUAUAUGCGUAAUAAAAAAAUAAGCAAAAAAAAAAAAAA